UUCUCCUUCUCUGCCCUGACAGACCGUCUAACACAGAGGACAACGCCAUGCCAGUGUCACAGCAGGAUGUUUCCAAAUGGACCGAGGAAUGCCGCGCCACUCAGAACAUGGAAACAGUAAACGGUGCGCACAAUACCAUGAGUAAUGACGAUGAUGAUGGAUUCAACAGAAUGGAAGAGAAUAAUGACGAUGAGGAGCAGGGGGAAGAAGGAGGGUCGGGGGAAGAAGAGAGCCUUGAGGAGAGUCCUAAGAGGCAUGGUACCAAGAGGAAGAAAAUGACAAAAGCCCGACAACAGAGGUUUAAGGUCCGGCGCAUUAAGGCCAAUGAGCGAGAGAGAAACCGUAUGCACGGGCUCAAUGACGCGCUUGAGAGUUUGCGUAAAGUUGUACCUUGCUACUCUAAUACUCAGAAACUUUCCAAAAUAGAAACAUUGAGGUUGGCAAAAAAUUACAUAUGGGCUCUCUCUGAGAUCUUGCAAUCGGAUGAAAGUCCAGAGUUGAUGUUGUUUGUGCAGGCUCUAUGCCAAGGACUGUCCCAGCCCACCACCAAUCUAGUGGCAGGAUGUCUGCAGCUCAACCCCAGGACGUUUUUACCAGAGCAGGCCCAGGACAUCCUGUCUCAGGUGCACCAAACAUCGACUGCAUCCUUCUCUUUGUACCCCUCCUAUCCUUACCCUAGCCCGCCGUAUGGUACCAUGGACAGCUCCCACAUUCACCACGCCAAGCCCCACACUGUCGACAAUGCGCUUGAGCCAUUCUUUGAAACUACAUUCACAGACUGUACCAGCACCAGCCCCCGGUUCGAGGGACCACUAAGUCCACCAUUGAGCGUGAAUGGGAACUUUUCCUACAAGCACAAGUCAAUGGCGGAGUUCGACAAGAGCUAUGCCCUUUCGAUACAAUAUGCAACUCAAGGUCUGGCGGGAGUACAAUGUCUUCAUCCGUUUUAUGCAAGCUCAUCACAAUGCUUUGAUAUUCCCAUGGACAACUUUAUGUCGUAUGAGACUCAUAAGGAGAGGAUGCUGAACGCUUAG